CAUGGUUAUCAAAGGGAAACAACAUCUCCACUUUCUCUGUUUUCUUACCUCGAGAAGCUUUUACCCUCUUCGCCAGUGUUUCGCCUUUUUUGCAUUUCUCUUUCUCUCUCUCUUUCUUUCCUUUCUCUUUUCCUUUCUUCUCUCUUUCUAAUUUACCCUGAAAGUGAAACAAAACCCGCCGCCAUUAAAUAAUAUCAAAAAACCUCCAAAACCCCAAAAUCACCAAAAUCCAAUCAUUUAAUAAAUUGUGAAUGAUCAACAAUAACAACACACAAUCAACAUCAUGUAUCAUGAUUGUGAAAAAGGAGGUAAAUCAAUUUGAAUUUUCACCUUGAUUGUUUUCCCACCUUGUGAUUUAGUGAUUACCAUUAUCAUCCUUGUAAUCAAAAUUUUCAACAAUGAUCAAUUGAUUAUCCAUAAUCUUAAAUCAUCAUCUUCAUUAUCUUAACAAUUAAAAUCCUUUAUUGAUUAUCCUUAUGAUAAGUAAAACAAUUUAAUCUCAUUUUUAAAUUUAACCUUUGAAAACCUUUGAAAAUAAAAAACAAAAAUAAUCUUAACCUUCACUUGACCACUACAAACACAUUAAUAUAAUAUCCAUCACAAUAAAUCUUAGCUUGACCAUUUCAUCCAACAAGUUGAACUGACCACCAAGUAAACAGAAUCUCAAUCACUUCAUCAUUAUCCCCAUCAAACCAACAAUUGAGUUUUCCAAUGGUGAAAAAUAAUUUAUAUCAAAUGUGUAUUUAUAUUUACAUGUGUCUACAAUUUUUACCAAUCAAAUUUAUAUCAAAAAAUUAGCAAUUAAGUCAAAUAAAAACUUGAAUCAGUUAAUCAUCACAAAACAAAACUAGUGAAAAAUUUACAUUAUCCUAAAGCUUAACAACCCAAUUAUUUAGUAAAUCAAUCAGUGAGUCCGUUUAAUCAUCGGCUUGGUCAUCUUUCCGUUACCAUCACCUCCCAAGAUCAUCAUCAUCAUAAUUGUAACCGGAAAAGGAAUUGAUAAAUUUUGAAUGCGACCAUCACCUUUGAACAGGUUAACCACACUCUGGAUGCUAUUCUUAUCAUCAUUCCUACUAUACACCUUCCCGUUAUUAUGUCUCCUCUUUUUCCGGACAAUUUUAUGCUCCGAUGCCGAGGAGAAACUGGUUCGGGACCUUUUCCGUGAUUACAAUAAACUUAUCCGCCCCGUCGAGCUUAUUAACAAGACCGUUGAAGUGCGUUUCGUGAUGUACCUUAUUCAGCUAAUUAACGUGAAUGAAAAAAAUCAAGUGAUGACCACUAAUGUUUGGUUGGAACUGCGUUGGAAUGAUUAUCAGUUUAAAUGGGAUCCCGCGGAUUACGGCGGAAUCAAAGUCCUUAGAUUACCCGCUGACAAAGUAUGGAAGCCCGAUUUAGUCUUAUUCAAUAAUGCCGAUGGUAAUUAUGAGGUUCGUUUUAAGAGCAACGUACUUAUCUCUGAAAAUUCUGAAGUCCAAUGGGUUCCUCCUGCAAUAUAUCAAAGUUCAUGUAAAAUCGAUGUGACUUAUUUUCCAUUUGAUCAGCAAAAAUGUGAAAUGAAAUUCAGCUCUUGGACAUUUAAUGGUGACCAGGUUAGCCUUAGUUUUUACGCUGACCCCUGGGUAGACCUAUCUGAUUACUCUAAAAGUGGUACCUGGGAUAUUGUUGAGGUUCCAGGAAUACUCAAUGUUUACAAUAAUAGCAAAUUUAAUAAACCAACGGAAACGGAUAUAACAUUUCACAUAACAAUUCGUCGAAAGACUCUCUUUUACACUGUUAAUCUAAUCUUACCAACAUUGCUCAUCUCAUUCCUAUGCAUUCUUGUCUUCUAUUUACCUGCAGAAGCAGGUGAAAAGGUUACAUUGGGUAUUUCAAUUUUACUUUCGUUGGUUGUGUUCUUGCUGCUGGUAUCGAAAAUACUGCCUCCAACAUCAUUAGUGCUUCCGUUGAUUGCCAAGUAUUUAUUAUUUACAUUUAUCAUGAAUUGUAUCUCAAUUCUUGUCACAGUGGUUAUAUUAAAUUGGAAUUUUCGUGGACCACGAACUCAUCGAAUGCCCGAUUGGAUACGUGUUAUAUUUCUCAAUUAUCUUCCAAUGUUUUUAUACAUGAAAAGACCUAAAAGAACCCGAUUGAGAUGGAUGAUGGAUAUGCCUUCACUUGGUGUACAUUAUCAUCCGUCCCGAGUACCUCAUGCACGAGGUAAUAAUAGUAAUAAUAAUAAUGGUAAUGGUAAUGUUAACAAUAAUAAUAACCAUCAACAACAACACCAUCAUCAUUUACGCAAUCAAAAUGCACAUCGUUAUCAUCAUCAUUAUCCAUCAUCAUCAUCAUCGAUUAACCAUCAUCACCAUCAGCAACAGUUAACAUCUUCAACAAUACAAAAUCGUAUGACACCUUCACCAACCUCAGUGAACAUGCCACCUUCACCUUUAGGUUCAACUGGUGAAGGUCAACCACAUGGUCACCAUGGUCCACACCAUCAUCAUCAUCAUCAUCCUCUUAAUAGAUUUCAUCAUCAUCAUCAACAGCCAAUUUCACCAAGAGCCUCAAAAAGUGUUCUAGAGAAUCUUGAAAUGUCCGACCUUGGGGGUGAAGGGAAUAUAUUACCCCCACCUCCGCCGCCCUUACCUCCUCCACCCUCACAUUUAAUCAAUUCACCAAUUGAUUUAAAUAUUAGUCAAUCAUCAUAUGAACAGUUUUCAGGUUCACCUGUUGGUGUUGGUCAAUCUUCACCCACCAAUUUAAAUUAUCGUCCAAAUUAUCUCGGUGAUCAAAGUGGUGAUCGUUCAUCAUCUUCAAACAAUUUACCUCAAAUGAGUAAAACUUAUCAACAACAUUAUCACAAUCAACAAAUUUCUCAUGCUCAAUCAUCAACAACAAACAAUAAUAAUAGAGGAAAAUUGAAUGAAAAUGAAACAUCAAUAGACAAUCAAAGUAUCGAUAUGAUCUGUCUAAGCUCAGCGGCUUCCAAAGCAACUGAAGCCAUUGAAUUUAUCGCUGAACAUUUAAGAGCCGAAGAUGAAUAUAUCCAGAUUCGUGAAGAUUGGAAAUACGUUGCCAUGGUUAUCGAUCGUUUCCAGUUGUACCUUUUUUUUCUUGGAACCCUAACAGGAACCCUGUGUAUCCUUCUAGAUGCACCCCAUAUAUUUGAAUAUGUUGAUCAAGAUGCUGUCAUUGCCAAUCACACAUCAAAAACAUUGGCAUAAUUUUUAUUUCCCCAGCAAUCAAAUUUUCAUGAUAAUAGUGAUGAUAAUGAGCUAAUCAUGAAUGAUAAUGAGCAUCCAUAUGUAUAUAUAUAUAAAAAAGCUCCCAUUAUGAUUCAAUAAUUUAAUAUCAAUCAAUUUGAUCAAUCAAUCAAAAAGAAAUAGCAGUAAACAUCAUUUACCCAAAUGAUUAAGUUGAAAUAGUAAAUAACUUUCCAAGCAUUGAUCAACAGCAAGAAAACACAAAUGUCCAAAAACUUGAAACUUCCGUUUAAUCCGAAAAAGCCAUCUAACCUUUGACCUGGUUAAACUUGUAGCCAAUGUAAUAUAAUAAUAGUAACAAUGUAAAACUAAUACAAUUUUGAUAUUUAAUGAAAGUGUUAACCAUGAUUAAAGAUGCACAUGGAUUGGAAAAACUUAUCA